AUGAAUGCUUGGGGAAAUGAAGGCGAUGAUGCCAUGGGUCCAAGUGUAUCGCUUUAUAAAUACAUAUUUAAACCUCCUCCUAAUAUCUGCAUGACGAAGGAAUGCUUGCGCUCAGCUGCAAACCUAGCGCUCUCAAUUGACAAGACUGCACAUCCUUGUGAUGAUUUCUACCAGUACAUGUGUGGUAACUGGCCGAAAAAUCAUCCAAGACCUGACGAAUACAUAUCGUUCGAUUGGUUCUCCGAUCAGGAGACGAGAGUGUACGCGGCAGUCAGGGACUUCCUUGAGGCGGAUGAUCCUAAUUUAUAUAAGAAACCCAAACCCGUGCAACAAACAAAGAUAAUGUACGAGGCUUGCAUGGAUGUCAAAACAUUGGAAGAGCGUGGAUUAGAACCUGUGAUGAAAAUGUUAGACGAAAUAGGACUUCCACAUUUCCCUACAAUUAUUAAUGCCACAGCCGAGGAUCUCAACAACUACACGUUUGACUGGGUGGACGCCGUAAUCAAAAUUAAAAAGAAACUUGGAAUGGACGUUCUUGUUGGUUUUGAUAUUUUUUUCGAUUCAAACAACUUUACUAAUGAUAAAAUAUUGAUCGGUGCGCCUGAAGUCACGCAUCCUUUUCCAAGUAUGUACGGAAACGUGAUAUUUAAAAGAAAUAAGAAACGAAGAUAUUCAGAUAUUUUAAAAUCGAUAGCACCGUUGCAAACCCCAAACAUUGAACGUCAAGUACCAACCAAAAAAGAGGAUGAAGAAGAAAAAGAGAAAACUGAAAAAUUUUACGUGGAACUGAUGAAAUAUUUUAUUGAAGAGGAAUCAAAAGUUAGGAAUUUUAGUAAAUUAUUAAACGACCGUUUUCUAGAAGUAGCAAAUAUUUAUAAUGAUUUAAAUGAAGAUAUGAACGAUAUGAUGUCGUACAAUGAAACUGACGAAACAGAGCCUUACGAGACAGAAGAUUACACAGUGGAUCAAAUCCAGAAUAUCACAGACUUAAUUGUAGCACAAACCAAUGGUACUACAAUACCAAUAUGGAAAAGAUAUUUUGAAGGUAUUUUCACUGUAAAAGAUGAAAAAUUAGAUUUUGCAAAGGAAAAAAUUUCAAUAAAUCAACUUGAUUUAGAAUAUUUAUGCUUGAUGGCGGCUUACGUGUCCAAAACACCGCCAAUACAAUUAGAGCUCUACAUUUGGAUGAAGGUUAUAGAAGUGUUAACAGCAGAUACUACACAGACUUUGUACCAGUUGUUCUUAAAGAUUUACCCAACCGAUAUUGUAGCGGCCCGAAGUCUGCGAUGUGCUAAUGCUGUUAAUGACAUGCUAGGGAUGGCUGUCGCAUAUGCUAUUGCCGAACCAGACUUCAUUAGUGUUGUCAAACCUAAGAUACAAGUAAUGCUAAAAAAUCUGAAAGGCGCUUUAGCUCAAUUAAUAGGCAAAACAAAAUGGAUGGAUGACAACACUAAGUUAAAAUCUUACAGAAAAAUAAUAGAAAUGAAAACUCUAAUAGGUUUCCCUGACUGGUUACUUGAAGAAGGACAACUUGAGUCUUAUUACAAGGGAAUAGAGGUUAAUAAAAAGACUCAUUUAGAAAAUAUGAUUAGUAUAGCUCAAAUGGAAAUUAAAGCUAAGAUGGAUGACUAUAGACAAACUAGACCAAAUAUAUGGUACAUUGAUCCUACCGUGGUUAACGCUUAUCAUGUCUUCGCAACGAAUACAAUAACUGUGCCUAUGGUGAUAUUACAAUAUCCAUUUUAUGAUUUGGGUCUAGAUUCCUUAAACUAUGGUUCGUUGGGGACAAUAAUUGGACAUGAAAUAACUCAUGGCUUUGAUAACUUAGGACGACUUUACGAUAAAGAUGGCUAUUCAAAGAACUGGUGGUCAAAUGAAACGGUGGAUUCGUAUCAGAAUGCAACUGAAUGUUUGGUCAAACAAUAUUCAUCAUUUAACAUACCUGAAUUGGGGAAAAACAUAGACGGUCACAGAACGCUGGGUGAGAACAUAGCUGACAACGGUGCUAUCAGACAAGCAUUCACAGCUUUCGAGCGCCAUCUGCGACGUACCGAACCUGAAGCGAAGCUCCCCGGCUUUGAGGAGUUUAGUCCACAGCAAAUGUUCUUUAUGUCUUAUGGAAAUCUAUGGUGUGGUAUAUCAACAAACAAUUCCUUGAAGGCAAGUUUAGAAGACGAGCAUUCCCCGCUGAAGUUCAGGGUAAAAGGCAGUCUGCAGAACAUCGAACAUUUCGCUCGAACCUGGAACUGUCCUCCUGAGUCCCCUAUGAAUCCUACGAAGAAAUGUGUCAUCUUCUAA